UUUAGAUAUAUGAUAUUAAUUUUACUAUACUGAUAUUAAUAUGCAUGAACUUGCUCCACUGCGCCCCCUGCUGGUCGCUCAGCUACACGUUCAAACUCAUGUACAGCAGAUAAAUCAAACCACGUGAAUCCAAAACGUUUGAUUUGACCUUAAAUAUUACACGCGAUUGUGCACGAGAGUUUAGUUUCACUUUCAUCUAUAACAGAGAAAAAAGAAAAAAGAAAAUAUAUGAAAUGUAUCGAUUGAGAGAAGACACUUUGAUUUUUAAACGUCAAAAUGUACAAUGGCUGAAAUAUAUUUGCUGUAUAAUUUCUUACACAAUGUAUAUUUUGAAACAUUGCUACGCAUUAAAAAAAAGAAAUCUAGAUAUGCGACAGUAGAAACGUGAAACAUCUGUGGCUGAGAGAAGACCACCAAACGAGCUGUGCGGUCAAUUUCCGAGGAACGGGGGAGAUGCAGCUUCCGGUCAGCUGCAAUAACGCUGAGCCCACUGUUUACUGGACAUCUGUGGUUUUCACCGUGGGAUGUAGAACUACUGCUGCAUACUUGAAGGAAAUCUUCAUCUGUAACAUCUGCACCAUGAAGAUGUUGACUGUGUUUCUCUUCCUUUGUGCCAUGAUGGCUCUGACCCCAUCUGCUGCAUAUCCCAUAGACAUGUUGUCACCUAUCCCAGUCUCACUACCUCCGAUAUCAGAGCCGGGCUUCUUUUUUUCUUGUCCUGAUGGUUGGACUAUGUUCAGCACUCAAUGUCUCCUCUACGUUCCGACAAAUAUGACCUGGGCUGAAGCUGAGGAAAACUGCAGACACAAUUCACAAUACCAGGAUGGAACCCUUGCAUCUGUGUAUGACUCUUCGAUCUCCCACGAGAUUCAUGAUGUGCUGAAAAGUGCCGGUAAUGAGCAUGGAAAAGUAUGGGUCGGAGGCUUUAAUACAGCACAGGAUCCGUCUUGGUACUGGAGUGAUUAUAUGGGUUAUAAUCAGUUUCAUGACUUCUGUUCUGAAAAGCAUGAGCACCACUGUCUACAAAUUACCUUUGAAGAACAGGAAUCGGGAUGCCUGGAUGACAUGGACUGUGACGCUAAGCUCCCAUCUAUCUGUGCCAUAAUCCUCAUGUGAUUCCUGCCCUGAAACAGAAACUUAAUGUAUCUGUAAAAACAUAACUGGAUGAGUAUUUGUAUCAUCAGUCUCAUAUAUAACCUGAAGGCAUCUAUAUUUCUCUUCUAUCUCUGUAAUGCUAAUUUAAGGAACGAAGCGACAAGUGACAUAAACAGGAGUUGGAUUGUCUCUCCGGCCUUGUGGCUUUUAUAAGAGAAGACUGGAUGUGGUAUGAAAUGAUUGCCUGUUGUCAUGACUUUCUGUAUGCAAGAAUAAA